AGUUUUAUGAAAAUCGAACGCGCAACAGGUGUUCAAUCGCAAACAACACGCUCGAAUUAAACGAAUCGCCGCGCGGAAAGCGCUCGCCAAGCCAAAGAAAACCCUCAAGUCGCAGUGCGGAAAACGGAGGAGCUAUAGCAACAUAGCAUAAACAGUGGAUUGUGGCAAAGCAAUCGUGAAUCAUUUGCACCUGUUCGGCGCCCAACAUUCCUGCACUUUUUUUACGUUUCUGCGCCUGCGUGUGUGCCUCAUUUAGUUUUCCCCAUUUUGUUUACCUCCAUCGCGGGUGUUUUGUAAAGUUUUCGCUUCGAUUUCGAGCAAGAAAGCAAGCAAGUGGCUGGAAACAUUCGACAAUUUGCUAGCUGCAAUUGCAGCAUAUUUUCCAUUUAGCCAAGCCAAGAGCAAGGGAAAUAACACCAACAACACCAGCAACAACAACAACGGCAGCAGUAGAAGCAGCAGCAUAAACAUAAACCAAAAAACCGGUUAAAGCGGACAAGAGUGAGAAAGGCGCCCCAAAAAGAGCAAGCGGGACAAAACACUCACAUAAAAGGUGAAAAAAACAAAAACAACAACGUAUAAAAGUAGAUAAAUAAUAAACGAAAAAAUAAUAUUCUCAGAUUUUGGUUUUUGUUAUUUUGUUCCACGCAAACCGAAAAUAAGUGUGUUUGUUCUUUGUUCAAACGUGUGUUGACAUCGAGUUUUCCCCUGUAAAUUCCUUAUCGGCCGCUCAAAUCGAAAGUGAACGAGUAAUUGCCUUUCUGGUAUUUGGUAUUUGGUUUAUUACAUUUCGAUAUUGCUAUUGCCCAAACUCUGCGCGUGGCCUCCUUCUUAUCGGCCGUCCAGUCCAGUCCACUCCACUCCAGUCCACUCCACAAGAAGAACUACCUGUUGCCGCAACAAUUAACACCAGGAGGCCCCAUUCCGCGGAACACACCUAAAAAAGCUCUUCAAGAUUUGUGUGGAUGUUUUCAGAUCUUCCGUAACAUGCUCUGCUCCAACGCAUAUUGAUUGGGUACAUCAGCAGCACAGCCCCAAAAAUGGCAGCCAGCAACGGUAGCAAAUCCCCCAUGGAGCUCGAUGCCGCGGGUUGUGAUGAGGUGGACUUCAUAGUGGCCACGCACAACAAUAACAACGAUUACGAGGAUUUGGGCAGCGUGAGUCAGGCGGUGAUCAACACCAAAGUAGCAGCAGCAGCAGCAACAACCGCAGCAGCAACAGCAGCAGCAACAAACGCAGCAGCGACAACUGCAGCAGCAGCAGCAACAUGCACAGCAGCAACACCAAACAACGAACCAAACAGCAACACCCUGAAGAAAGCCAAGGAGCGCCGCACCCUCUUCCAUUUCGGGAGCAGCAGCAGCAAGAAGCUGAGUCAGAGCAAGUCACAGGAGAGCCAGGAGGCGGGCAGCAAGGAUACUCCUCCGGCGACCACGCCUGCUCCCCUGCCGCCGGUGCCAAUUGGAACGCCACCGCGCCAGUACAAGUUCGUGAAGAGCAACAGCUUGGCCAGACUGCUGGGCAACACCUACAAUGCCAAGAAGUUCGAGAAGCAGGAGCAGAAGCGUCUGGCCUCCGGAUCCGAGGGCGGCAAGUUCAACACCUACAGCGGGAGGCGUGGUCGCGCGGGUCCCUACCUGGAGCGAUUCAAGCGGGUGUCCAAGGAGGACGGCGAUGUGGCCGGCGAGGAUGACACCGUGAGGGUCACGAACGUCAUUACCCUGACCACGGACUCGCGCGAUCUGCUCUACGGCAGCCGGCAGGAACAUGUGGGUCGCACUGGGGGCUAUGACCAGAACGAUCAGCUCACCUCCAAGGCGUAUCGCACGCUCACCCGGAGCUUGGGCAAACUCUGGAGGCGCACACACAGCGUGGAUAUCAGCACACCCGAUCCGGAGUUCAAGGUCUCCUACCUGGGCAACGUCCUGACCGGCUGGGCCAAGGCAGGUGAGGGUUGUGUGGAGAAGCAGCUGAACACGCUGUGGCGCAACUACACGCAGCACUCCAAGCCGGACGUGAUCAUGCGCCUGAAGGUGUGCGCCUCCGGCUUGAAGGCCACCACCCGGCAGCACGGACUCACGGAGUACUGGGCCCACAGGAUCACCUAUUGCUGUGCACCGAAGAACUAUCCGCGGGUCUUCUGCUGGAUCUACCGCCACGAGGGCAGGAAGCUGAAGCACGAGCUUCGCUGCCAUGCGGUGCUCUGCAGCAAGGAGAAGAUCGCCCAGGACAUUUGCGAUACCCUGCGGGAAAACCUGGAGAGCGCUUUGCGCGAAUUUAAGCGUGAGAAAAUUCUGAAGCAAAACGCUCGCCUGAGUUUGGCCAACGCCGUCUACGACAAUCCGAGCUUGCCGCGCCGCAAGAUCAUGCUGAGUGUGGGCGGCAACAACUACAGACCGCCGCUGGAACGCUCCAAGUCGGCGCCCAAGCUGAUGGCCAUCGAGGAGGCCAUUGGCGAGGAGGAGGGCGAUGAGAUCGAGGACACCAAUGAGCCGGAGAUGAUGCCGUGCUGUCAGAAGGAUUCCCUCUAUCCGGCCAUGACGCUGGGCCGACGUCGUUGUCGUCGCGGGCACUCCAUUCGGCGAACGGGCAAGAUUCAGGCCUCCUCGCCCUGCUGCAGUUCGCACAUGGCGCAGGAGUUGCCGGAGGAGGAUACCAAGCAGAUGGCGGCGGCGAGCAGUCCCGCCAAUGAUGGCUCUGAUUCGGAUGACUUUGAGAAGCUGCUGAAGUUCGAUACGACUUUGAGCAAUGAGUUGUUGCCGUACUUCGACAUGCAGCUGCACAAGAACAGCAGCCAGAGCAUGGUGAGCCUGAGCGAACUCAAGGAGGAGGAGGGCGAACCGCUGAGCCUUCUGCCCACCAUUAACAGCGAUCCCAGCGCCGAUCCGGAGGCGGACUACAAUGCCGAGGAUCACGAUGUGAGCGCGCCGCGACGCAGUGGAGUUUGCAGCGACGGCGAGGAGGACUUUCUGGACGAUGCGGACGACCAUUACUUCCGGCAUGCGGCCAUGCUGACCAUGCUGCACCGCAGUUCGAUGCGAAAGAUGCGGGCGGCCGAUCAGGGGAGUCUCAAGUACCGCCACCAGACGCAGUCCUCAAUCUCCUCCAACGCGUCCAGCUCGACGACGGCCAGCACUUCGGCGGCAGCGGGCGGUGGAUCCGCCCAACAGGGUCUGGCCAGUCCGGACAGCGACGAGGGAUCCAUAUCCAGCGGCUGCGAGACGGCCAGCACAGUCACAAAUGCCAACCACGAGGAGUACAACGGCAAGCGGGAUAGUGAUCCCGGCCAGCUGGAGCAGUCGCAGGACUUGGAGCUGGAGCAGGCGCAAGUGCUGGAGCAGAUGAUGAUCUACCAAAGACUGGAGCAGCAGCUGCGCAACAACAGCGGCGAUGCCACCAAUUACAGCAGCUCGAGCAGCAUCACCCUGAAGCGCAGCAAUUCCGGCAGCGACAAGCAGGAGAGGAGCGACCAUCCGGAUGACGACAACAGCGACAGCGACGAGAGCGGCUACGUGGAGUUCCAGGAGAAGGAGCGCCCGGGUCAGCAACCGCUGAUCAGCGAGGCCAACGUGACGCUGGCCAAGAUUGCGACCGUCAAGCCGCAGAUACCACCAAAGCCGGCUCCACGUCGUUCGCUCAGUCUCAACGCGGUGGCCACCACCGGCGCUUCGGCGGGCUCAUCCGCUGGCAAGGCACCGGGCACCGCCGUCUGAGCGAAAUGCUUUAAUCACAACGGAAACCCGUCUACAAAUUGUUAUUUCUGCACACCCGUCAGCGACCCACAGCAAACACACAAAGUGCAAGAAAUUGAAAUCCUAGUUGUAGGUUAGCCAUUAGCACCUAGCCGUUAAGUCAUUUGUUGUUGGUUCAUCGAGAGGAAAGCCUAACGAUAUUCCCCCAUUUCCCAUCCCAUCAUCUUAAUCUGUGCCCCUUGAUCCAAAAAUAAUGAAUUUAUAUUGUAUGCCUUUGUAAAUAAAUUAGCCGCCCUACGCACUGCAUGUACUAUAUACAUUUACACAAUUGUAAUUGAUGAACUGUAUCUUAUGUAUCAAUAUAAAUUAUUAUCUGAACGGUGUGUGCUGCACAGAGGAAAGUGUGAACAAAAUUGGUUAAAUUACCAUAACAUUUAGAACGAGUUAUAGCCCUAAAAUAGACAGAACCUAAACCAA